AUGAAUAUCGACUCAACUGGUGUUAGGCAACGAAAAGGGAUAGCAAAAUUAGUAGAAGACUUGGACAUAUUCGAUAAAGUCGUGGAAAAUGUCAAAGAAGAGCCGAAAGCAUCAUCAGGAUUAAUCACAUUCCUCUGCUUCUCGCUUAUAUUGUUCCUGUUUUGCAGUGAAACAUAUAGGUUUCUUUUCGUCAAACAAUAUGAUUAUCGAUUUACCUUGGAUACAAAUAUGGAAGACAUGCCUACAUUGGAUUUAGAUAUGAUUGUGGCUACUCCAUGCGCAAGCCUUCAAGUUGUUAGUACAAUGGAUCAAUACUCCAAUGGACCCUUUGGAGUCUUGCAAAACUCGCUUAAUAAAAAUCCAACAAGGUUCGAAUUUACUGAUGAGGAGCAGCUUUACUGGACGAUUCUUCGUCAUGCUCAUGCUCAAUAUAAUAAACAAGGAUUGAGAGCACUUGAGCAGUUGGAAUAUAUUGAUGAUGAUGUGGAGAGCACUCUGGAGAAUUUGGCGGAUAAGAAGCAAGAGCAAGAAAGCGAAAUAAUAAUGCAAAAACGGGAAAUGGAAUCGAAAAAGGGAAAAUCCAAAGAGAAUCAUGCACAAGUGAUGUUCCUGGUUUCGAACGGAAUGGGUAUGUUCCAGAUUGUCUCCGACAAUUCCGACAAGGAAGAAGAAGGCACCGCUUGUCGAAUUCAUGGCAAAUUCAAGGUGCGAAAAGGGAAAGAGGAGAAAAUUGUGAUAUCAAUCACCAACCCGAUGAUGAUGUUUGAUCAUUUUGGUCCCCAGCCGGGAAACAUUUCGCAUCGCAUCGAGAAAUUCAACUUUGGUCCAAGAAUUCCGGGACUCGUGACACCACUGGCCGGAGCUGAGCAUAUAUCAGAAAGUGGACAGGACAUCUAUCGAUAUUUUAUAAAAGUAGUACCGACGAAAAUCCACGGAUUUUUCUCAUAUACCAUGGCGUAUCAGUAUUCAGUCACAUUUUUGAAAAAGAAGCUCAAGGACGGCGAGCACUCACAUGGAGGUAUUCUGUUUGAAUAUGAAUUCAAUGCAAAUGUCAUCGAAGUGCACAAGAACACCAUGCACUUUUUCACGUACCUUGUUCGACUGUGCUCAAUCAUCGGUGGAGUUUACGCGACUAGUCACAUUAUAAACAACAUGGUUCAAUUUUUAUUGUCAUUCCUCUACCCAGAAGAUAAACUUGCUCGAGUCAAUCAUAAUCAUGAAACGAGAACUGCCGUCUCAACUGAUUCGCACGCUUCUCUUAUCAUUAAUACUGAUAUUCGGGUACACUGA